GGUGGGGGAGGGAGGGACCAAUGAGUUGGGUCCGCGAGGCUCCUGCGUGACCUGCAGCAUUGACGUGGAGGGCGCGUCAAAUUGAUCUGAACAAACUACAGCCUUCCGGAUAGACAAAUUUUCCUUAAUCGGAUGAAGAUCACCUUGAGCUUUUGUUCUUCACACACCAGAUUGUGUUUUUUUUUUCUCACCAAGAAACAGAGAGAGAAGACAGCUCUUGAAAGGAACCUCCUUCCUUCCCCUUUGAACUGGGCCAGGCAGAUUAGGAAGCAACUCUGGCUGGCGUCUUCCAGCAGUAGGAACUAGCAGCUGUUUGUUGUGAGACUCCCGAAAGGUCCUCCAUCAUUCUUCUGUGGCAAUGGAACAGACCUAUGGGGAAGUGAAUCAGCUUGGUGGGGUGUUUGUGAAUGGUCGACCUCUGCCAAACGCAAUUCGGCUACGUAUUGUGGAGCUGGCCCAACUCGGAAUAAGACCUUGUGAUAUUAGCCGCCAGCUCCGGGUCUCGCAUGGCUGUGUUAGCAAAAUCCUAGCUCGUUAUAAUGAGACGGGAUCUAUCCUGCCCGGAGCCAUUGGAGGAAGCAAGCCUCGGGUCACCACUCCAAAUGUUGUGAAACAUAUCAGGAAUUACAAGCAAGCAGAUCCCGGUAUCUUCGCUUGGGAAAUUCGCGACCGGCUACUUUCAGAUGGGGUCUGUGACAAGUAUAAUGUACCCUCAGUCAGUUCCAUCAGUAGGAUUUUGAGGAAUAAGAUCGGGAACCUCUCUCAGCCCAACCAGUACGAUGUGAAGCAAGCUCAUCCACAGCCAACUCUCUCUUAUAAUCACAUUUACCAGUAUUCCUACCCUAGCCCCGUGUCGCCUACUGGAACAAAGAUGGGUGGCCCUGGCGGAGUCCCCGUUUCUGCAGGACAUGUCAGCAUUCCCCGGGCAUGGCCGUCGGCGCACUCUGUGAGCAACAUUCUUGGCAUUCGAGCCUUCAUGGAGCAAACAGGCACAAUUCCUAGUGCUGACAGCUCUGUCUAUGCCCCAAAAAUUGAAGACUGGAAUAGUGUCAACAGAACAUUUUGCACUUCUCAAAAUUUAAAUGGCAUCGACAAAUCAACCAUUGAGGGGGACAUAAAAUACCCACAGCCGGCUCCUGCCUUAUCGACCGUGAGUGGUUUUGUCCCUCCUUGUGCCUACACGUCUUCCAAUCACCAGUACGGAGUUUACGGUGGUGCGGCUGGAGGGGCCGGCUUUGUGUCCCCUGGACAUCAUUGGCAGUCUCAGGGCAGUAGUAGCCUGUCUCAUCAUGGGCCCAGUAUGGCACUUCAUGGUAGUGACAUGGCGAGCCAUAUGUCUUUCAAACAUCUCAACAGAGAAGAAAGAAAACCUUCAAGUCCGGUAAGCAAGGCACACGAAGUCAUAACAAAUGUGCAUGGACUUGCAAUUCCAGUGACAUCUUCUUAGCCUUCUGUUAAAGCUUCAGUUAUGGAUUAUGAGAUUCUUUAGCACACAAUAAUCCGGGUUGCUGGAAGAAAAGAACAGUGAUUACUGUCAAACAGAAAACUGUAAUUCGCAGAACACAUAUGUAUCGCCUGAUUGUCAUUCGUGGACAGAGAAUGUCGUCAUAUGGUGCUUGACGUCACAUUUCUAGGUGGUGUGACGUACUGACAGACCUUUUUUGCAUCACUCUUUAAAUAGAUGCCCAGAUUAUUUCACAGAUAACGUGAGGCUGUGUACUCUAAUGAAGAAAUGCGAUUGAAACAUGCCUUUAGGACGUUCAUAUCUUUACAGAACAGAAGAUGAAACUGAAAAACAGAGGAUUUUCCGGGAUUCCUUUUGUCAGGUUCAUUUGCCCUUUUUGACUGUUUCCUGUUAAUGACAGAGCUUUAGAAUACUGCAUGUUUUAGUUUCAUUUGACAUUGCUUCCUUUAUUUCUCUGCCACCACCCCCCACACCACAUACAAACGAAUAAGUUCAUACACUUUAAUUAGCGUGUAGCAUGUCAUCAAGGUGCUUUGCUUUACUUUUACACUUCGUGUAUCAGGUGUUCAGAAUACCAACUAGAAGCACUGGUGCUUAGUGCGUGUCCACAUUAUGCAAGACUUUUAUUUAAUAUCUGCCUGAGACAAGUUAUGAUAAUCUGUUUGGACAGUUUUUCGUGAUUUCAUUAAGUUAUGCUUCUUCAAUGACAAAUGCAAAGAUCCCAAUACGAAUACACAGCAAAGCACAGGUGUGAACACAUUAAAGACGGUUGUAAUGUAUGUCAUAAACUGUAAAUCUGCAAAUAGUACAUCACUUUAUUAUAUAUAUUUUUAUAAUUUUAACUUGUAAAUACGCUAAAUAAAUUGCUCAAAGCAAA